AUGCCAGAAACUCCCACCCAUAUUUCGAGUGCCGCAACUACCAAAGCUACCUCCUUUGAUGUCGACAGGCCUCUCUGGGCCCCACAGUUCCUGCCGAACUCCAUGGCUGCUGCGACCAUCCCUGCGCGGACAGCGGUGAUAUCGGAGGAACACAGGCUGCCCGACGAGUCGCAACCAUGCCAGAUCAAAAUGCUGCAAUCUCAACCCUGCUUCAGUGGUUCAAAGGCUGAACGAAAGAAUCCACAAUUUUUCCCACUUUCCGCGUUUCUUGCCUGCCCAGACCCUUCAGGACGGUAUCCAUCCAAAUCCAGAUUCCUGGGAGCAAGCUGUGUUCAGAAAGACUUGCGUUGUUCAGAGUCCUUCGUCCCAUCCGCGUUCUCGUCUUCUACAAAAAAUGCAGUGAAGAGAGCAGCAUACUGUGCACCUGCAUCGAAGAGUCUCGAAACAGUUCCUAUCAGGUCCACGUCCGACUCAGAUGUCCAGCAGGAGAAACUGUCGUUACCAACACCUUUAACACAGGUUUUGAAGGCGCCCCGUCCAAUGCUCUUCGACUUUCCUACGAGAUGCAACUUGCCACCCUAUGCGUCUACAACACCCCCGAUACAAGUGGCGCCAACUAUUCUGUUUACCGAACAUGAUAUAGCGAACGAUGGGAACCAUGGUUCGCCUUCUCAUUGCAGCUUAAGACAAGGACAGCCUUACCUCGAUGAUGUACGCACAAUCGUCAACUCACAUUUCCAUGGCCGUUGGCAACGCCCUUUGGUGGCAGCUGACCCUGAUACGCCUCCCGCAUGCAACAGUUUUCCUUUGCAACCUAAGAAAAAAUCGAAGUUCUUCGCCGAUGGGCAUCUGAUCGGGCAUGAUAGCAUUCCCGCAUAUCAGCAACCUGUGACUGAGGCCCCAGUUCUCACAGACAACGAUGCAGCCGCUCUUAUCGACUUAUCCACCCCUAUACCACCAGAAGACUGUUCUCGUUCACCAGUUACAGAUUUGUACGAUAGGCUAGAGACAAAGCGUGCGUGGAAUACCGAUUUCGCUUCAGGUGCACAGGUACCAAACUUCGUAACAGCGGAUAUAUCUUCAUUGGACACUGUUACCUUGUCCGAUUCCUACGUUUGUGGAGAGUCUCAGCAGCGCAUGUCACCACUACCCAAACCCCGCCCUGUAGACUUGGAUCCAAUCAAACAGAAUUAUCGCCGUCCGAUUCUCAGUACCGUCUGCUACCUGGAAACUGACAUUGGAGAGAGUAUCUCAGAUUCAGACGCUGCUGAGUACGAUAUGGUUAGUCCAGUAUCCAGCCAAGAUACAUGGGUCGAGCUUUCAAACCUUGCGCAAUGCAGCUUCGACAUGGCGUCUACCAGCGAUGACGAGAGCGAUGAAGAAAAUGACGAGUCUUACUGCGGGUCUUACUAG